AUGUCGUCUACACCAUUCUCCCUCAUAGUUCGUGUUGAUCGCGGCGAGUUAUCCACAACCCCAGUUGCGAACGAAUCAUUACGACCGACUAACGCUGUUGAUGAUCACACAGACACCGUCACUUCACCAGCCACAACAUCAACGGCAACGCAGACCGCCUCAAACAGUACACUCGCAGGACGUUCUUCAGCGUCAUUAGAAGAAGUCGACAAAAGAUGUUGGAUUUGCUUUGGCGAGGAAUCAGAUAGUGUGGGAAAAUGGGUCCGACCUUGCAAAUGUUCACUAAUAUGUCAUGAAGAAUGCCUGUUAAAUUGGAUCACCGAGAAUCAAAAGAGUACAGCGUUAAAGAAGUUAAGGAUCACCAUGCCACCUAGCCCAUCCCUUACUAUUUCACUUUUGCCAUGGGCUAGGAUUGCCUACAACUAUUCUUAUAAUCGCCUCUUUGGUCGGCUUGAGGCGACAUGGCGCCGGCAACUCGAGCCUUAUAAUGCUACAAGUGAGGAAAAUGGGGAAAAUGGUAAUGAGCGACGCCGCGAAAAUCAGGAUGUGUUGGACCGCCUAGACAGAAGCAAUGCUGGUCGUAAAAUUUUAUCUCUGCUAUGGUCGGAAGCUUCUUUGGUCGCUUCUCAUUUAUUCGUUCACGCAUUCCCGACACAUUCCAUCGCAAUAUUCUUGGAGGGUGCCUGUUCAUAG